ACAGCUCGGUGCAAGGGUUGGCUUCUGCUCGCGCGCUGGACUCACAAGGCUCAAACGGCACUGAAAGAUGUCUGCACAGCCUCCUCCGCUGGUCCCCAGGAAGCCGUCAGGGGUCCGAGUCAUGCCGACUCCAAGAGAGCAGCCUCCUCCUGGUAGCCUUCCCAGCUACACAAACGUUCCAAAGGUGAAUGGUGCCAGUGGGGAGCCAAGUCAUGUAUCGCUGGCAAAUGCAGAGAGAGAGGUGGAGCUCCUGAACCACUGUUUUGAUGAUGUGGAGCGAUUCAUGGGGCGCCUGCAUCAGACAGCUGAGGCUCAGACUGUUCUCAAUCAAAGGAAGAACAAGAAGAGAAGCAAGAAGAGCAAAAAGAAAGAGGGCGAUGAUGAUUUGUUGACCAUGAAAGCGUGCCCUCCAGCAGAGGAGGAAUUUGUGGACAUCUUCCAGAAAAUCAAGUACUCCUUCAGCCUUCUGGACCAUCUCAAAUCAUUAAUUGCAGAGCCCGACUCGCCAGAACUGCUGCAUCACAUCUUUAUCCCACUUGGACUGCUGGUGAAAACUACUGGGGGGCCGGAGCUGGGGGCCACGGUGGCCAGCCCUGCUCUGACCUGUGGUGCCGUGUCGCUGCUGCAGGAGCAUCUGACUGGGGAGGAAAAGGAGCUCUGGACUUCACUAGGGGCCAACUGGACCUCACGUCGCUCCCAGCUCAGUGUGUCAGUGCCUCCAUACACACCUGUCUUCCUGGACGGGUGGCGGCCUCAGGCCUUCGACUCAGACGGCCAGCCUUUCGAAGACCCUGUUGAGUCGCAGCACAAACAGGAUGCUCUCAGGGAAAGUAGGGAGGGGCAUCGAUGGACAACAGAGGGGCCCGUCUCUCCUGCACAGUCACCUGAUGAAAUAGAAGGAAGUGAGCUGCCACCAGAGGGAGAGAGACUCUACUGCUGCAGUUACGACUUUGUGGCCAGAAACAGCAGUGAACUGUCUGUGCUGCAAGGAGAGACGCUAGAGGUUAUUGAGUCAUCAAAGCGCUGGUGGAAGUGUCGGAAUCGCUUUGACCAGAUAGGAUUUGUUCCCUUCAACAUCCUGGAGCCUCUCUCUGCCCUCAACAACAAUGGGAGACAAAGCCCGGUGGUAUUCAGACAGUCCAAGAAGAAGCCUCUUUCCCCUCCUUCAAAUAAGUACUUCUCAUUUGCACUGCCGAGCCCCACUGACAGCAGCCCGACCUCGACCAGCACGGCGGUGCGACCUCACAGCAUGCCCUUAUCUCCGACGACGCUGCAGGAGGAGCAGGCAGACAGAGUCCUGAUAAUGAAUGAUGAGCUGGUUCAGCGGCUGGCCAAUGGGAGGCCCGGCUCAGUCCGUCCUCUGGUGAUCCACCGCAACUCCGACUCCUCUCCCCCACUGAACUACCACUCCUCACCUGCUGAGGUGGAGGACUGGCUCAGAGCCAAGGGCUUCAGUCAGCAGACGGUUCAGGGUCUGGGCAUCCUGAAUGGAGCUCAGCUUUUCUCCCUGAACAAAGACGAGCUCCGCACCGUCACACCAGAGGAAGGGGCCCGAGUCUACAGCCAGAUCAUGGUACAGAAGUCCCUGCUGGAGGAUGUGCGCAAAGCUACAGAACUGGAGAAGGCCAUGGAGAGGCAAAAGCAGAAGGUUGACUUGUAGUGGAACGCGGUGACGGAGCUAUCCAACCUCCACCACUGCGAAGGCGGCAUUAGGAAAAAAAACCUGACAGAACUGUAAAUGGUUAAAAAAUCUGUCCACAAAUGGCACAUGACCAAACAGAGGCAUUUUAAUCACUUUAUCACACAUGUAGUUACGCUUCCAGUGCAACAAAAACUGUCAACAGUAAGGCACAACCUGCUAACCGUCUGUAUGGAGAGUGGAACUUUGGUUUUUAAGACAGAGGGGCUGAGCAUCUGCUUUGCUUUUUUUUUUU